AUGUUAACUGUAGCAAUAUUACCAAAUUUCAUAAAUGAACAAAAGAUUUAUUCUUAUAGUUUUCUGGCUGAAUAAUUUAUUAUCUCUUAUUUAGAUUAUGAAUAUGGAAUCUAUCAUAAUUUAAUUAUAUUUUUAAGCUUUUAUAUUUUUGAUUCAUAAAAUAAAAAGUAAAUUAUAUUUAUUAUUUAAUUAGCACAAAAUAGUUGACACUCUUUUAUAUUCCAUUGUUAAUAUAUGCAUUUGAAACAUCAACAGAAAUUUAUAUUUAUACAUAUAUUGUUAUAAGUUCAGUAUAUUUAGGAUUGCUAAUAAUUGAAUAAGAGAAACAAGUGAUAUAUUUAAGAUGUAUAUUAGUUAUUGUAGGAUUAUUGAUAGCAGAGAAAUGGUAUAAAUAUUUAAUAAUUAGGUAUUAUAAAUUAUUAUUAAUUAUAUUUUUGAUUGAUACUGAAAUGAAUAUUAAUAUAAAACUAUAUGUCUAAGCAUUUGCAGGAAAAUAAAUAUUUGAUUUUUUUGUAUGCUACUCUCCUUUGCUUACACAUUAGCUAUUUUAAUAUAAAUAUGAUCUUUCUAAUUUUAAUUUUACAGUUUGCCUUUUAAGUAUUGUUACUUUGAUGAUAACAUUACAUAUUCAUCAAUAGAAUCUAAUAUUCUCUCGUCUUUUGUAGAUAUAUGUAACAAUUUAAAUAUAUAAUCUAGCUUUUAUCAUUACCAAUAUGGCCAGCAUUAUUCUACUAUGAUAGAUCAGAUGAUAAUUUAAUUGUAGCAUUAAUAAAUAUUGUUCAAAUAUUAAAAUAGUUCUAAUAAAAGGAAUGA